AUGUCUGCUGCACAUGAAAGAGUUACCGUUGCUCCGCUGGUGCUGUUGUCGGUACUAGACCACUACCAGCGUACCAAUACUCCGGAGGGGAAAAGAUGCGUUGGUGUAAUUUUAGGUGAUGCUACAGGUAGCACGCUAAGAGUGACCAACUCGUUUGCUCUACCGUUCGAGGAAGAUGAAAAAAAUCCAGAUGUGUGGUUCCUGGAUCACAAUUAUAUAGAGAACAUGAAUGAGAUGUGCAAGAAAAUCAAUGCGAAGGAAAAGUUAGUAGGGUGGUAUCACAGCGGACCGAAGCUCAAGGCGUCCGAUCUCAAGAUCAACGAGCUGUUCAAGAAAUACUGCGCGACAGAAUCGCUGCUGCUGAUCGUGGACGUAAAACAGGAAGGCGUUGGGCUGCCAACAGAUGCAUAUGUGGCCAAGGAGCAAGUUAAGGAUGAUGGUACGUCGACGGAGAAGACUUUCAUUCAUCUGCCAUGCUCGGUGGAAGCGGAGGAGGCUGAAGAGAUUGGUGUAGAGCAUCUUUUGAGAGACGUGCGUGACCAGGCCGCGGGAGGACUGUCAAUCAGAUUGACCAAUCAAUUGAAAUCGUUGAAGGGGCUGCAGAGGAAGCUGGGCGACGUCGUUGCAUAUUUGGAUAAAGUAAUCAAUGGCAAGCUACCGGUUAAUCACAUUAUUUUAGGGAAAUUGCAGGACGUUUUCAACCUUUUGCCCAAUUUAGGAUCGCCAAACGAGGAUGAGAUGAGUGCAAAAAAUGCAGAUGUCAUCAAGACCUCAAAUAAUUUACAGAAAGCGCUUACAAUCAAGACUAAUGACGAACUAAUGAUCAUAUAUAUUAGUAACAUGGUGAGAUCGAUAAUUGCAUUUGAUGACUUGAUUGAGAACAAAAUACAGAAUAAAAAGAUUCAAGAAAAAAGAGCAAAAGAGUAUGAAACUGAGGUCUCUGAGGAAGAUAAGUUUGUCAAUAAAGAUGAUGAAACUGCAGUAGCGGCUACAUAA